AUGUGUCAUUUACCUGUGGCUAUUGAGCAUCGUGCAUUCUGGGCAGUCAAGCAAUGCAAUUUGCAUGCGGAUAGAGAUGGCAAAGAGAGAAAGCUCCAACUCCAGGAGUUGGAGGAAAUUCGUCUUGAAGCAUAUGACAAUGCACGUUUGUACAAAGAGCGUACCAAGCAGUUUCAUGACCGCCUAUUGCGUGCGAAACACUUUUCUCCAGGACAAAAGAGUUUAGAGACUAAUAAGAGUUUUACAGUUAAUGGUCAUCGUUUAAAACCGUUUGUUCAUGUUUCAGACAUUGGUACUGUGGAAGAGGAGACUUGGAUUUACAAGGCAUGCCCACGCCCUAUAAGUGAUGCUGUUGAACAUCGUAGAAAUGCUUGGGCAGAAGACUCUGCCUUAUAA